AUGUCGCAAGAUACAGGAUUAUUUAGCAUCAAACGCCCCCGCGACACAUUGGGGAGCGUCCAAAAUUAUUCAGGUCUCCCGCAGCCGUCGUCAGCCCUGAAGCGCACCAGCUCAAUCGGAUACCAGAACCCGCCGUUCACUUCCCAACACACACGCUCCAUGUCCCUGAUGAACUCCGUUGGUCGCCCUCAGCAACCGAACUUUCAGCGAUCAUCGUCUGGAGGCUUUGGCGCGGAUCCCGGUCUUUCGUCUGUCAGACGCUCCGUUUCAAGCAAUGUCUUUCACGGAGCCAGCGCUGGACGGCCGAGCUUUGCCCCAGGCUCAAUGUCAUCCAACUCGGCUUCCCAGAGCUUACAGAGAAGGAGCAGUGUAUUCUCACGACCUUCCACGGGCGGUGCCAUGGGUCACCAGUCAUUUUUCACACAAGUGCCUUCGGCCGCCGGCGUUCCUAGAGAUCCACGACCUCUCCGAGACAGAUCUUUCCAGGCUCGCAUUGCGCAGGAGCUGCUGGAGUACUUAACCCACAAUAAUUUUGAGCUCGAAAUGAAGCAUUCUCUUGGCCAGAAUACUCUUCGAUCGCCAACUCAAAAAGAUUUCAACUACAUCUUCCAAUGGCUGUACCAUCGGAUUGACCCAGGAUACCGGUUCCAGAAAGCGAUGGAUGCGGAGGUUCCACCAAUCCUAAAGCAGCUACGCUACCCGUACGAAAAGGGUAUCACGAAAUCGCAGAUAGCGGCUGUCGGAGGUCAAAAUUGGCCUACAUUCCUAGGAAUGCUCCACUGGCUGAUGGAACUGGCGCAAAUGAUGGAUCGGUUUGCUCUAGGAGAAUACGACGAGGCUUGCGCGGAGAUGGGAGUGGACGUCUCGGGAGACCGUAUCAUCUUCCGUUUCCUCACAGGGGCCUACCACGACUGGCUACAGGGUGGAGAGGAGGAAGAUGACGACGCUGCUGGACAAAGGCUUGUCCCUCACAUUGAACUCAUGGCCCAGGAGUUUGAGAAAGGCAAUGAGAAGUACGUCCAGGAGAUGCAGGUUUUGGAUGCUGAAAACCGGUCACUGCGCGAUCAAAUCGAAGAACUGGAGAAGAAUGCUCCCGACAUGGCCAAGCUUGACAAGCAGUUUAGGAUCCUGGAGGAUGACAAGAGAAAGUUUGAAGACUACAUUCAGAACGUGCAAGGCAAGAUCGAAAAGUACGAGAGUCGCAUAACCUUUCUGGAAGACGAAAUCAAAAAGACAGAAUCGGAGCUGCAAGCCGCUGAGGAAGAACGGGCGGGGCUUCAGGCUAGCGUCGAUCAACAAGGCCUAACGAUCCAAGAUAUUGAUCGCAUGAACACCGAACGCGACCGACUUCAGAGGAGUCUCGAUGAUACCGUCAAUCGCCUGGAAGAGACACAUGCCCGAGUGAUGGCCAAAGAAUCUGAAGCUAGCGCUAAACUCGAAGACCUAGAAGAACUCGUCAAGACCUAUAAUACACUAGGUUACCAAAACAGUCUCAUCCCUUCGACUGCCGUCAAUGCUAACGGACAAGACUACGAGCUCGGCCUGAACGUGAACGAGCGUAGUUUCUCUGCAUCACAGAUCGGUGGCAUUCCUAGCAGAAUCUCACCGGAAGCUGAUAGGCUGUUAGCUGAGCCUUUCACUGGCUAUCAUCCAGCACACCUGUUGAACUUGGACCUACGGGGCAUGGUUCGCAGCAAUCUACAGGCACUUCGGAAAGAGAUAAACGAGCGCAGAAAGCGCGGAAUUGAUGCCGAUUUGGAAAGACGAAACCUGUUAGAUAACAUCAAGGAAGCCAUGGAUGAGAAGCGGAGCGAGGUUGAGGCGCUAGAACAUAAGCGACGCACAGCGCAGGAAGAUUUCGAGCGGCUCAAAGAGGUUACAACCACCCAGAAACUCGCAUCAGACGCGCAGAUUGAGAAGAUGGAGAAAGAGUUGGCGAAGAUGCAAGCCACCAUGAGUGAGAGUGUUCAGCUCAUGGAGCAACGCGAAAUGAACACCAAUAUCGAGUAUGAACAGCUCACGCUCCGAGCCAAUACUCUUCGAGAAGAAUUGCACACCAACGUCGAGAGCAUGUUGAACGAUGUUAUCCGGUUCAAGGUCCAUGUGCAAAAAGGUCUGGAAGACUACGAAAACUUUGUUGUGGAUGAAGUAGAACAGGAGUUGGGUGGCGACAUGCAGAUGGACGAAGAAGGUCCUAUGUCUACCGAAGAGCUCUGA